AUGGUGGCAGAGCUUUCUGCCCUUCAGCAGAUUAUCAAUGCUUUAACAGGGCUCAAAGGCCUGCCUGCUGUCAUUGUCGAGUGUGCCGUUACCACUAUCUACACUUCUCUGGGCGGGUUUCGCAUCUCUUUCGUUACCGACAAUAUUCAAGGUAUUAUGGUAGUCGGUUUAGUCAUUGUAGCUGUCGUCACUGUUGGCGUUGAGACCCACAUUGACAAGAGUCUUGUCGAAUCUUCGGGGUUGCUCAAAUCGAGCUUGCUCGGCUGGCAGCUCAUAUAUAUCCUUCCGGUAGCCGUCCUAACUAACGAUUUUUUUAUUUCUGGGUUUUGGAUGCGCACCUUUGCUUCCAAGACAGACAAAGACUUGGUUAUUGGAACUUCGAUUGCGACUGUCGCUGUAACCUUCAUCUUGGGUCUUGUCGGUGCAGCUGGACUCCUGGCGGCAUGGACAGGUGCUUGGCCUGGUAAUCCACCACAAGAUGGUGACAUCGCCUUUUUCCUUCUGCUCGAGCAGCUUCCGAGCUGGGUAGUGGGCAUUGUCCUCGUGAUGGUCGUGUCUCUAAGCACAGCCGCGUUCGACAGCUUCCAGUCGGCUAUGGUUUCGACCGGAUCCAACGAUCUGUUUCGCAACAAACUGAAUCUUUGGUUGAUCAGAUUGGCCGUCGUACUGAUUAUUUUCCCAGUCGUGGUCGUAGCUCUUAAGAGUCCGGAUAUCCUGCAAGUCUACCUGAUAUCUGACCUUGUAAGCGCCAGUUCGAUCCCCGUGCUUGUCAUUGGCUUAAGCGAUGCAUGCUACUGGUGGCGCGGAUUUGAAGUUGUGAUUGGUGGCUUGGGUGGUCUACUUACCGUCUUCAUCUUUGGCACCAUCUACUUUGGUAACGCGCACGAAGGAGCGUAUCUUCUGCUGUUGGAGAAUGGGCUAUACGCGAAUGACUGGAGUGCCUUUGGGGCCUUCGUCGCGGCACCUGUUGGCGGUCUAUUGUGGGGAGGUGGAGCAUUUGCACUUCGUGUCGGAUUUCAAUGGAUUCAAGCCAAGAGGAAGGGUCACAGAUUUGACGCUUUCGAUCGUCCUCCCCCUACACAGCCGUCGACAUAUACUAGUGGUGCGGGAUCAUUCGAUGAAGAGCACGAACGGCGCGAAGAGCCAGCAGAGCCCGAAGAGCGUGUUGCUCCAAUUAGCAUCAGCCCCCAGAAAGGAAAGUUCUUUUGA